UACACGGUCAGGCCAGGCUACCCAGUCUUAAAAUGGCGGACGGAGCGCAAGUUUGUACAUAAAAUCUUUCUACGAUAUAAAAAUGCUUUCUAGAAGGGCUUUUUCAAUUCUAAUAAACUCAAGCCAGCCUUUAACAUCUGUUAACAGCUGCGCAAGUAGUUUUUGGAAAGAAAAAUGCCUGUUUAAAUCAAGAACUGAAGUGAUAUUACAAACCACUAGAGGGCUGUCAUCUUUCCGAGAAAAGAAAAGGUUUUACAAGCGUGCAGGGGUUGAACAAUCCAAUGAAGGUUACCAGGUAACCCUUGAUGAAAGGAAAGUAAAAACCCCAAGUAGGAAACCACUUGUUCUUCCCAGUAAACAGCUUGCCAUGGCAGUGGCAGCAGAAUGGAAUAUGCAGAAAGAUGUCAUUGAAACUUCAAAUAUGAAUUUGACUACUCUUGCCUACAUAACUAUAGACAAACCAAAUCCAAGAACCAAAGCAACUCAAAUCACAGAAGUUUUGGAAUUCCUUUGCACUGACACAGUUUGUUUUCCAGCAUCAGAACCAGAGGAUCUAGUGAACUUACAGAAACAGGAAUGGGAACCCAUUAUUGCAUGGUUCAAUGCAAGGUUCAAUGCAAGAUUUGAUGUGUCUGUAGAAAGUUUUGGUAAUUUACUGGUGCCAUCUAUACCAAAAGAUACUACAAGCAAACUAACUUCACACUUGAUGACAGUUAAUGACUGGGCCAUGACAGGUCUUGAAUACGCAGUCGACACAUCAAAAUCAUUCAUAAUUGGCAUGGCUUUGCUGGAAAACCACAUUAAUGUAGAGAAAGCUGCAUAUUUAUCAAGGCUAGAGUUAGAAUUCCAGAUUGGCCGCUGGGGAAGUGUAGAGUGGGCUCAUGAUGUUGAUCUUAUGGAAAUACGCAGUAGAUUAGCAGCAGCAUCCCUCUUUUAUCACCUCUGUAACAAAGAAAUUACCAGCUGAAUUGUGUUUGAUAUUGAUAAAGAACUUUAUUCAAAUUUGA